CUCUCCUCAGUACAGCUACCAUCUCGGUGCCGCGUGAACGCGCAAACCGUCAGUUGUCACAGACGGAUGGAGCAUCUUUGUGGAGGAGACCGACGUCCGUUGUCACGAGCAUAAAGCAUAGUAUUUUCCCAUCCCGUCGGACUGAGGGCAAAGCAGGGCUCGAGGAUACUUUGAUUUAGUGCCAUUAUUUUCGCUCUUGGACAAAGGGCUAUCUAUUUGCUCCUUUAUCGUGUGUCGGGGAUGUGUAUGUGAGUCCGCCGGAUACCGAUGGCCACCCCCGUCCCUAGCAGCAUCAGCACCACCGUCUGCGGCCCGUCAGGCCGGCGCGUCAAUCCACGGCUCUUAUUUCACCAGCAUCGAGACGGGCUGUAGCACCGGGCUGAGAGGACCACCACUUUGGAAAGUAUUGCCUUAGAUGACCUCUGACCUUGGACAAAGGGAUGGGAUACAAGAGGGCUUAACCAACGCAGUAGUUACCAACGCCAACCCAGAAUGUAAAUCCUAGAUUCAUCUGACUUCAAACCAGUGGAGGAACUGUCAUGAGGAGCAGAAGGAUACUGCCACAGCUUAUUUAAAUUCAGUCAAAGGAGCAGGAUAUUAAUAUUGAUGGUAUUGUUCCUCCUGUAUCUUUUAUACCUUCAUCUACUUCCUUUUCAUCCACAUUUGAGAAACACCAUACCAAUCAACCACCUAGAGAAGACCUGGAGCUUCCCUGGAAACGUAGAAUGUACAAGAAGAUAGCGAUUAAAAAUGUUUCCUUGUAAGAAUGUGGAGAUGCAGAGAAAAUAGUUAAAACCGAUACCUGCAGAGCCAGAGUUCUGUUCUAGCCAACGAAACCCCCGAAAGACUCAGUUCCUAUGGUGGUCUCUCUGUAGCCACCUCUCUGCUCUGCAAGGAAAAGGGUUCUGACAUUAUCUCCUUGCUUUUUCCACUGGCCCACGAGGAGCUCGACAUCAAACCAGGAUCCCGUUCUCAAAGUGUUUCUCCAUCCUACCGUGAUGUAGAAGUACAAUGGGUUCACGGGACAGCAAGCAGGAAUGUUGGCGACUGAACGGAGGGCGUCUGAAUAGAGGCAAGGUGCACUCAGCUAAGACAAAAACAAGGAACCACUGGAGCAUCGAGACGGAGGGGAAAUAAACCAGUAUCACUUUGGAAACCAUUCUGAGGAUUCAAUCCAAUAAAGGGGGAAGGAACAGUGGAACUGCAUUGUCUCUAUCAAAGAGGGGAUUCCUCACCUCUGAACUCACUGGAUCCAGCCACAGACUUCAGACAGUGGCUCCGAAGUGGACCAGAACCACGUUCCAAGAUGAGCCACCUGCACGCGGGUCUGAGUCCUGAGACCACGGAGAAGGCCCGCCUUGAGCUGAACGAGAACCCGGACAUGCUGCACCAGGACAUCCAGCAGGUACGAGAUAUGAUCGUGACCCGGCCGGACAUCGGCUUCCUGCGGACCGACGACGACUUCAUCCUGCGCUUCCUGCGAGCCAGGAAGUUCGACCAGGCCGAGACGUUCCGACUGCUGGCCCAAUACUUCCAGUUCCGCCAGCAGAACCUGGACAUGUUUCAGAGCUUCAAGGUGGAUGACCCAGGUAUCAAACGGGCACUGAUGGACGGGUUCCCGGGGGUCCUGGAGACCCCAGACCAACAAGGCCGCAAAAUACUCAUCCUGUUCGCCUCUAACUGGGACCAGGGCAGGAACUCCUUCACGGACAUCUUACGAGCCAUCCUGCUCUCCCUAGAGGUACUGAUCGAGAACCCGGAGCUCCAAAUCAACGGCUUUAUCCUCAUCAUCGACUGGAGCAACUUCUCCUUCAAGCAGGCCUCCAAGCUCACGCCAAACAUCCUGAAGCUGGCCAUCGAAGGCCUCCAGGACAGUUUUCCAGCGCGCUUUGGGGGCAUCCAUUUUGUGAACCAGCCCUGGUACAUCCAUGCCAUGUACACCAUCAUCAAACCUUUCCUCAAAGACAAGACCAGGAAAAGAAUCUUCCUGCACGGCAACAACCUCAACUCUCUGCACCAGCUCAUCCAGCCCGAGUGUCUGCCCUCCGAGUUCGGGGGCACCCUGCCGCCCUACGACAUGGGGAUCUGGGCACGCACGCUGCUUGGGCCUGACUACAACGACGAGACCGAGUAUACGUUGACCUACGACGCCCUGCACGUCAGGGAGAGCUGCGGAGGGGCAGGGGGGGACAAGGAGAUGAUGAAGAGGUCUCAGUCUGCAGUGGAACCAGGAACCUUGAGACACACAGACAGAGAAACCAGUACACAGCCGCUACUGGCUCUAGACUGAGAGACCCACUCACAAAAAUACUCAGACAAACACACACACACAAACACACACACACGCACACACACACACACACACACACAUACACACUAUGGGAUUCACGUUUGCGUCGUUAUAAACUCUGGACUUGAACAGUCACAGUCAAGCAUUGAUUUGCCAACAAUUGCCAAGCAGCUUCAGUGAUUGUGUGAACACAUGCACAUACAGCGAGCAUACACUCAGAAACACACACAACACCCCUCUCGGAUAGCUCUGCCAUUCUCAACACACACUCAUAAAACUUUGUCCCAUGGUGUUCACAAGUCAAUAAUGUAAGGGUGUAUAUUAUUUAUUUAUUUAUUAUCAAUUGAACACACAACUCUAGUCACCCAAAACCACCGUAUUUGUGUCACACUUUUGUGUUAUGAUUCGAUACAGCAUGUAAAAGACAUUGCAUUGUUUUCAUGUGUGUAUUAUUGCUCUGUCCAAGAUAUGUGUGUGUGAAUUCUCCACAAAAUAUGCACAAGACAAAAGACACAUCCUGUUUUAGUGUGUUAAAGAGCUGGCUUUAUUUGCUUCCUGAUUGGUUAUUAAAUUAUGUUCUCUUUGUGAUUUAUGAGAAGGUAGAGGUCACGCCUCUUGCUCAAGGGGAUUCAAAUUGGGGGUUGGAACCUAGAACCUUUACCUGUCAACCAAACAGCCGAACAGGACAGACAAACUGCCCUUGGCUGGUGAUUGACUUGGUUUGUUGAGAGCCUUCACUGGGCUGACCAGGCCCGCCAAUAUAGCUUCAAUAUCUUGGAGUGGUACUCCAUCCCUUUUCCAAUCUUGCUUCGUAUUAAAAAUCCAAUCUUAAACAUGAUGUUCCAUAGCCAAGCCGUGUGUGGAAGGUCAUCAGAGCUCUCUCUCUGGAGAACAGAUGGCAAUUUUUGGCAUGAUCAAAGUCUUUGGUUUGAAUGAAAAGGUCACACGGUCUCUCACACACACACACACACACACACACACACACACACACACACACACACACACACACACACACACACACACACACACACACACACACGCACACACACGCACACACACACACACACACACACA